UUUAAAAAAACGUUCCUAAAAUUGUAGAACUCACAUUAAGUAAUUGUGUUUAGCAGAGUUCUGUUAUUUCUCAUAUUAAUUGUGAUAUGUUAAGACUGUUUAUGAAAUGUUUAAUAGUGUAUUGUGGUGUGAUUAAAUAGAAUUUACGUUAACAAUUUACUGACGAUGGCUAAAUUAAUUUAUAAUUUUUCAUUAUAAAAAAUGAACUUGCGAACAUUUAACUUUUAAUGGUGUAUGUGGUGUAAAUAUAACCUUAAAAACUGGUAAAUAAUUUCAAUAAUGGCUUGUUAUUUAAAUGAAAAUGUUUACACACACACAUUUACACCUAGAGAAUAUCAAGUGGAACUUUUGGAUUCUGCUAAAAAGAAAAACACGGUAGUAUGCUCAACUACAAGCUCCUCAAAAGCCUUUUUAGUCGUCAAAUUAUUGCAAGAAUUUUCAUGGCAAAUGCGAACAAAAAAGGGAAAGAAAGCAUUGUUAAUUAUGGACGAACUGAAUGUUGAAAUCAUGACUUGUCAUAUUAGAUUGUUGACAGAUCUGAAUGUGCAAAGCACUAUCGAGAAAACCCAAGAUAUGGAAGAGGUGUUUAAAAGCAAUCAUGUUAUAAUAACAACUGCCGAAUUAUGUGUAGAAUUCUUAGAUGAACACAUCAUAGAUCUAGUAACAUGCAAUCUACUUGUUAUUGAUGAUUGUCUUUAUGGAGAACGACAAGAACUGAUAAACACUAUUAUGAAUUAUUAUAUUAGUGUGGAUCACAAUGAUAUACGUGUUCUAGGCUUAGCUACUGGUUUAUUGGGCUGUGAUUUGCAACAUGAUCGAUUAGAAGCUGAGCUAUGUAGAUUAGAAAAAUUAGUUCACUCAACUGUGGAUACCUCAAGUGAAAUAGUCACAUUAAUUAGACUUUCAUGCAGACCUAAAGAAACAAUAAUGGUAUGUCCACGAAUGAUGUCACUCACAUUAAGUGAGACAAUUAAAUUAACUAUACUUGAAACUAGGAAAUUUUUGUCAGAUCACCGUUAUGAUCCAAGUGAAAUAUAUGGUGAUGAACUAGUAGAAGAAUUCAAUGAUGUUCCUGACCCAACAGUACAACCAAUAGAAUUGUUAAAUAUAUUUUUAAAUAUAUUAGAAGAUUUAGGACCAUGGUGUGCUGAUAAAGCAACAUUUAACAUAUUAUCAAAGAUAGAAAAAUUAAAAGUAAAGGUUCCAUAUGAAAGACAUUAUCUUUUAUACUGUAUGACAUCUACAACUUUUAUUAGAAUUAGAGCAGAAUGUGAAAGUGAGUUUGCAAAUCUGACUGAAUCAGAAAAGAUUUUACAAUAUUCCUCUCCAAAAGUAUUGAAAUUUAUUGAAGUACUUAAACAAUUUAAGCCACCUGGUGAAAAGCCUCCAGAGAAAGUAGAAACAGAAUUGAAUCCUCCAAACAUUCCAAAAACAAAAGGAAAAGGUUACAAAGGUCCCAGAAGGCAAUUUGUACCUAGAAACAAUUUUGAUGAUGCUCUAUGUGCACUGGUAUUUGUAAAUAACAGGUUUACAGCUAAGGCUAUUUUUGCUUUAUUAUGUACAUUAACACAAUGUGAUGCAGAUAAUUAUUGGUGGUUAUCAGCACUUUUUGCUGUAGAAAAAGUUGCAGACCCUGUUAAAGAAGUUAGAGAGGCUGAACAAGAGCAUAAGAUGCAAGAAGAGGUCCUUAGAAAAUUUCGUAGUCAUGAAUGCAAUAUUUUAGUAGCUACCUCUUUACUUGAACAGGGAUGUGAUUUACCAAAAUGUAACUUGGUUAUUCGAUUUGAUUUACCUAAAAGUUUCCAUAGUUACAUACAGUGCAAAGCUAGGGCCAGAGCCAAUGAUGCCCAUUAUAUACUUUUCUCUAAUGAAAGUGAACUAGAAAUAUUUGUAAAUAAUUUAGCUGAAUAUAAUGAAGUUGAAAAUACUUUAUUAAAAAGGUGCUGUAGUCUUGAGCCUAGUGCUGAAGAAAUAUUUUUGGCUGAAGCAUAUUCUUCGAAAUGUAAACCAUACCAACCGUUACAAGAUGAAGGUGCACCAGCUGUAACAUUAACAAACUCUAUAGCUUUAAUCAAUAAAUAUUGUGCCAAGUUACCCAGCGACACGUUUACAAGACUAACACCACUUUGGUGGUAUGAAAAAGAAGAUGAUGGAAAUUAUGUAUGCUCCCUAAGACUUCCAAUUAAUUCUCCAGUAAAACAAACAAUUACUGGUCCUCCCAUGCCAAAUCCGUUAAUUAGUAGAGCAGCAUCUGCGUUUAUGAUGUGUCAGUUACUACAUAAAGCUGGAGAACUAGAUGAUAAUUUGCAACCAGUGGGCAAGGAAAAUUUUAAGGCCAACGAAGAGGAUUGGAUUAAUUUCGCUUUAGAGGAAAGUGAUGAUGAGAAUUUAGAAAUACGACCUGGAACUACGAAAAGACGUCAGUAUUAUUAUAAGAGGAUGGCAGAUGCUUUAACAGAUUGUCAUCCAACUCCGGGUGAGAAAACUUAUUUUUACAAAAUCGUUAUGACCCUCACAUGUCCGCUUCCUGAAGAACAGAAUACUCGAGGUAGAAAAAUUUACCCUCCAGAAGAUUCUCCUCAAGGUUUCGGCAUCCUUACAUCUAAACAGAUUCCAAAGGUCAGCGCAUUUCCGAUAUUUACUAGAUCAGGAGAAGUUAGUGUGGAUCUAGAGUUAUGUAAUAAUAAUUUAGUAUUAUCAACAAAACAAAUAGAAAAGAUUAGAGAGUUUGUCAAUUAUACAUUCACUAGUGUUUUAAGACUACAAAAAUACUUGAUGUUAUUCGACGCGUCAGAAUCAUCUAAUAAUUACCUUAUAGUGCCAACCAAACAAGAUAACAAUGAGACGUUGGUAGAUUGGACGUUUUUAGAUUUGAUUUUUGAAAAGAUAAAUGUUUUGCCCGAGUUUAUACCCAAUGAAACUCGAAAAAACUACAAGUUUAACGUAAGUGAUUACACAGAUGCAGUAGUUAUGCCCUGGUAUAGAAAUCAAGACCAGCCACAAUAUUUUUAUGUAGCUCAAAUCUGCUCAAAUUUGCAUCCGAAAUCAGCAUUCCCAGGAUCUGAAUAUGCUACGUUUGAGGAAUAUUAUAAAAGAAAAUAUAACAUACAGAUACAAAAUUUUGAGCAACAGUUGUUAGAUGUAGAUCACACAUCGGCUAGACUGAACUUUUUAACUCCAAGAUACGUUAAUAGAAAAGGUGUCGCGUUACCCACAAGCAGUGAAGAAACGAAAAAGGCAAAGAGAGAAAAUCUAGAACAAAAACAGAUAUUAGUUCCAGAAUUAUGUGCUAUACACCCAUUUCCAGCAUCCUUAUGGAGAAAAGCCGUCUGUCUUCCUUGUAUUUUGUAUAGAAUAAACGCCCUUCUAUUAACGGAUGAAAUUCGAAAGACUGUAGCUAUAGAUUUAAAUCUGGGACGACGAGAUCUAAAGUCGGAUUACAAAUGGCCUGCCUUAAAUUUUGGAUGGAGUUUGUCAGAUGUUCUAAAAAAAUCUAGAGAGGAAGAAAUGAAGAAAUUAGAAACUAAAGCGAUGAAAUUGGAAGAAUUAUUGAAGUCUGAGAAUUUAAUACAUCAAGACGUGAGUAACAGUAUUGAAUCUAGUGUCAUCGAGGAUGAAGAUGAUGAUGAUGAUGAUGAUGAUGAUGACAAUGACGAUGAAACUAAAUGGUCUAUAGGAACAUGGUCCAAUGAAAUGGCUGAUAGUAAAUCUAAUCUUGGAACAAACGAAAUAAGAUACCACUCUCCGACAAGUUGGCUGCCAAAUUACGCUGAUGACGAUGAUUUUAGCGAUUCGGAGGACACAAUUAGUGAUGGAUCUGGUUUUCAUUUGGGAGGUUUGCGAAUUGAAUUUAAGGAUAAUGUUGCUGAAGCUUUGGAUGACGACGAAUACAGCGAAAAUAAUGAUUUCAAAUUAGUAGGUGGUUUGCAAGCUUGGAAAGACAACGAUGACAGUGAAUACACGGAAAAAUUAAAACGCCAAUUUCAUGAAGCUUGUGCUAAAAAUAAAGAACACAUUCUUAAAAGUGGAUUAGUUGUACCACCAGAAUCAAAUUUCACAAAACAUCAUGAUCAAGUUUUUAUGAAUAACAUGCAAAAUGUAGUUAUUGAUAUUGAUUUGAAAUACCUAAACAGCUUAUAUGUGGAUAAUAUUUUAUUAACUGAAACUACAAGAGAAGAUCAUGACAAGGAAUAUUAUAACAGCUAUGACAUAUCUGAACCACUUAAGUUUAGUUUUGAUUUCCAACCCGACUUACAAGAUCAUCCAGGACCUAGUCCAAACGUAUUAUUGCAAGCUUUGACAAUGUCCAAUGCCAAUGAUGGCAUUAAUUUAGAGAGAUUAGAGACUAUAGGCGAUUCAUUUUUGAAAUACGCCAUAACAAAUUACCUCUAUGCCAAUUAUGAGAAUGUUCAUGAAGGAAAGCUUUCUCACCUCCGUUCAAAACAAGUCAGUAAUUUAAAUUUGUAUAGAUUAGGCAAAAGAAAGAAACUAGGUGAUUUCAUGAUUGCUACAAAGUUUGAUCCUCAUGACAAUUGGCUUCCUCCUUGUUUUUAUGUACCUAAACAAUUAGAGGAGGCUUUAAUGGAAGCACAGUAUCCUGCAAAUUGUUGGACUGUUGCAGAUAGGGCUGCUACAAGAGACAUGUCACUGGAUGAAGUUUGCUCUAUGGUAAGAAAAAAGGGAGCAUCCAUGUCUUUAACAAGCAUUAUACCAUAUAAUUUAGUUACGCAGCACAGUAUACCAGACAAAAGCAUAGCAGAUUGUGUUGAAGCAUUAAUUGGAGCAUAUUUAAUUGAAUGUGGCCCUAGAGGUGCCCAUCUUUUUAUGGCGUGGUUAGGAAUUAGAGUUCUCCCCAAAAAACCAGAUGGAAGUUAUGGAGAAGUACUCGUUCCAAAUUCUCCUCUUAGAAGAAACAUCAAUAAUCCCGAGGAACAAUUGGAAAGACUCUUAGAUGGUUAUGAUAAAUUUGAAAAACAUAUCGGAUAUAAAUUUCGGGAUAGAUCUUAUUUGCUACAAGCUUUAACACACGCUUCAUAUUCACCAAAUCAAUUGACUGAUUGUUAUCAAAGAUUAGAGUUCCUUGGCGAUGCAGUGUUGGACUAUUUAAUUACUAGACAUUUAUAUGAAGAUCGUCGAAUGCAUUCUCCUGGAGCUCUUACAGACUUGCGUUCGGCAUUAGUGAAUAAUACAAUAUUUGCAUCGUUGGCCGUUCGAAAUGGCUUUCAUAAAUAUUUUAAACAUUUAUCGCCAGGAUUAAAUGAAGUUAUUGAAAAAUUUAUAAGACUUCAAGAAGAAAGUGGACAUGCACUUUGUGACGAAUUGUAUUUGGUUGUUGAAACGGAAUCUGAUGAAGUUGAAGAUGUGGAAGUGCCAAAGGCGCUUGGCGACGUCUUUGAAUCAGUUGCUGGUGCCAUCUUUUUGGAUUCCGGUAUGUCCUUAGAUGCAGUUUGGAAAGUUUAUUAUAAAAUGAUGAAGAAAGAAAUUGAACAAUUUAGUAAUAGGGUACCGAAGUCUCCUAUUAGGGAACUACUCGAACUAGAACCAGAAACUGCCAAAUUUGGUAAACCAGAAAAAUUAGCAGACGGAAGGAGAGUCAGGGUGACCGUGGAAAUUUUCGGCAAAGGAAUAUUUAGGGGUAUAGGUAGAAAUUAUCGUAUAGCUAAAUGUACUGCCGCAAAAUGCGCUCUUAAAUAUCUAAAAAGGCGUGGCUUAAUUAAACGACUUGACGUAUAAUAUUGUUUAACAAUUCAACAUCUUCUUAUCACAAUGUAUUAUACUUGCAUAUAUGUAAAUGUUCACUAUAAUCUUUCUCCUCAUAUCGGCAUGAAUUUAAGUCGUAUACGCUUUACUUAGUGUGAUUUUCAUUUGCAAUCUGACAUGAAAGAACUAAAACUUUGCCGCACAAAGGGUAUAUUCAUCCUCUGGAAAAGGAAAUGAGUGUUGAUCAAAUGUGAAAACUUGUCAAUUUUAUUUACAAAUUGUGUUAUAUGUAUGUGGAAAAACAUUUUUUAUUAUUAUUUUCAGUAUUGAUCUCAUGUUUGCACUUGCAAGCACAUCUAGUCUUGAGUACUUAGUGUAUUACAUCCCAUGUCAUGGCGUUGGCAUUGGCAUUGACACUGGCAUUGGCACUCAUAUUCGAAACAUUGACGUGAGUGUCGUAAGUGUCAAUAAGUUCCUUUAUGAUUAUUUUCCUUUUUUGUAAUGCAAUAUAUUAAAUAUUUGGUUUUAAAUGUAGUACAAUUGUAAUUUUUUUAAUUUAAUUAAAAAAAUAAACCAUUAAAUGGGUAUUUAAGUUAAGGUUGACCAAAUAUUAAAUGUAAAACUGUGAUUUAUAAAAUAUAAAUUGAUUAAAGAAUAUGUAUUAUAAAUCAAUAAUAAAUAAUGUAUGUAAUCUCUCGUUGAUACGAGAUUAAAUAAUGAUUAAUUUCUAUACAAUGUUCUUUUCAGUUCGAUGAUACUUUUUAUUUGUUUAAAUAUACGCAUAAAAAUUAA